CAUCGAUCAGCUGAUUUUUGUUUUGAUUCUCAAGCAAAGUUCACGCGUCUGUCCCUUCAAAAAACUCUCUUAAUUAAUUAGAAUUCUGUAGAGCAAAAGGAAGGGAGCGAGGAUAAGUAGACAUUCGACAUCUAUUCUAAAUGUGUAAUACAUUAUCGAUGUGUAUAAGUAGUGCUACGACGUCCAAAAUGAAGCGGAUUCUCGGUAGACUCUCAUACGUGUUGGAGAAGGUUGGCAGAGGAAGAAUUAAUACUGUUUAUGAUCAUAAUUCUUCAGUGAAAACUCUUCGUCCUACAUCCUCUUGUGAAGAAUAUGCACAGUCUGCUCUUGCGCGGCGUAAUAUAUCUAGCUAUAUGUCCAAAGAGCAGUUGCAAACUCCACUCGCUCCAUUGCAAAUUCGUCACUACGCCUCCAACUUGUCGCAGGAGAAUUGCAAAUACGGGAGGCUUCCAGAGUACUUGCACUUCCACCAGGAGACCAGUGUGGAAACCCGAGAAGCUGUCUCUUCAUCCUUUGUAGUUCUGAGAGACUUUGUUACGAAAGAAGAAGAAGAAACACUCUUAAAAGAGGUUGAACCACAUUUAAAGAGACUGCAUUAUGAGCACGACCACUGGGAUGAUGCAAUACAUGGCUUUCGAGAAACAGAGAGGUCCAAGUGGGGGAAAGCCUCGUCAAAGAUCCUGGCCAGGUUACAAGAAUUUGCUUUUCCUAACCAAGAGGAAA